UGAGACGGUGAACGACGGGCAGUUUCACACUGUAGAGCUUGUGACGUUUAAUCAUAUGGUGAACCUGUCUGUGGACGGAGGAGAGCCGACAACUCUGGACAGUCAGGGCCGGAGCCAGCUGGUGACGGGGGAGGCGCCUCUUUACGUUGGAGGUAUGCCUGAGGAGGUGAUGCCCGCCUCUCUGGGUCUCUCGUCUCAGACCCUCAACACGUCUAGUUUCCAUGGCUGCAUCAGGAACCUCUACAUCAACCACGAGUUGCAGGACUUUACCCGCAGCCACAUGAAGCCGGGGGUGGUGCCCGGCUGUCAGGCCUGCCGCAAACUCUACUGUCUGCAUGGCAUCUGCCAGCCCAACGCUGCUCAGGGUCCCCAGUGUCACUGCCAGACAGGUUGGACAGGACAACACUGUGACCAGCCAAUAACAGGAGGCCUUACUGGAACGGAUGUUGUCACCACAGCAACUGGUGUCAACCCGUGUGAAGGCAACAAGUGUGUGAAGGGUGUGUGUGUGGCACUGGACGCUAAGACGUACCGCUGCGACUGUGAGGAGGGAUAUCGCGGUGCGUUGUGUAACCUGCAGGGGGAGUCAGCUGGUUCGUGCCAGGGUCUACAUUGUUUGCAUGGCCAGUGUCAGAAGACAGAGGAUGGAGAGCAUUGCGUCUGUGAGCAGGGAUACACCGGAGAGAGCUGUGAUAUAGAGUCCCCGUGUCGAGGUGAGCCGGUGAGAGAUUACCACCGGCUGCAGCACGGGUCCGUCCUCUGCCAGACAUCCAAGCCUUUCUCCUGGGUUGAAUGUCAGGGUCGGUGCCAGGCGGGAACCGAGCCGACUGCCACCGUCGCUUCCUGCUGCGCUCCUCUGAGGGUACGACGUCGGCGUCUCACCUUCGAAUGCGACGAUGGAACCUCAUUUACGCAGGACGUGGAGAAGCCUGUGGAAUGUGGCUGCAAGGAGUGUGUGUAGUACUGUGGAAGUAAUGGUGCGCACAUACACACAUGCAGACACACACACGUCCAAGCACAACACACACACACACACACACACACACCAAGGUAAAGAGGUUCACACACUGUAGGGAUUCUGUCACUGAUAAAUGGAUAUUUUUGUGUUUGUUUUGUGUGUUUUUGCGCACAGACGCCGUUUUGUAACAUAAGACAGUUCUUCCCUCUUUAAACAUGAAAUCAACGAGUCAACCUCAUCGUCAUCUUCCUCCUCUCCACCUGCUCCAGGCAGGAGAACCUGUGUGCUAACUACCUAACUCCAGCUCAUUUUUAAUACCCGUGUGUUAAAAAGCCUCUGUAUGCCUUCUUAAAUGCGUUUCUGAUGUGUUGCUAGUUGAGUGCUGCGCUUCAUUCCCCCCCAAAGCUGCGACGGUGAGCGACGACUGUUGCGAGAAAUAAAGGUACUAAUUUAAGCUGGGGACUCGUUUAUGAAAUAAAGAUUUGUCAAUCAAAUUUCACGUGUUAAAUAUCAGCAAUGUCAGACUUUGUGUGCAGGUAUUUCUGAACAGCAGCACUGAGGUCUGUCAGUUUGAUGAAGGAGCCAAUUGGUGAAAUAAAAAUUUUUAAUUGUUUGCUGCAGACAUGACUGCUGUUUCUCUGUUAGGCUGCCACACUGAUGAGGGUUUAAGCACCAAAUGUUCAGUUUGUUCUUUAAGGUGUGAUUGAAGUAGUUCAGAAGAGGUACAGCAGACUAUGUGCUGAUCUUACAAUAACCAUGGACGUUAAAUCCUCAACCUGUCAUCGGCCUCACAACAUUGUGUGAAAUGAGCAUAAACUCGAGAAGCAAAAUAACGUGCAGAUUAGAGAUAUUUUGAACAUUCUUCUGUCCAAAUCUUCCUCUUACAACACAUCCCCUCUAAUUCCUUAAUGGAGCUACAGAAAACACUGGAAGCUAUAAUAUCAUUGACAACCCAACAACUCAAUGAAUGCAGGCUAUAACAAGUAGGGACAUUUUUUUAAAGAGUGUAAAUGCGCUCCGGUCUGUUUCAUCAGGAGAUAGUUUAUGUAUUCUUGAGUUUGAGUUUACUUAUUACUUACUGAGGAAUUGAUGUCACGCUCAAUGUAACAGCAGCAUAACAAAUGACAUAUUUUGUAAAUAAAAUUUAGACAAUAAGUUCAUGAAGGUUGUUGUUUUAGGGUUAUGUCCAUUUUAAAUUAAGAAACACUUGAAUUGCAAAUGAAACCUUUGCUCACAGUAGAAAUCUUUAAACUGUCAUUUUAAAACCCAAGUCAUUGAGUUUUAAGGCAUAAUCCGAAUGUAAAUACAAAGGUCAACCCACCACCAUGCACAGCCUGAAGGUCAAAGGGUUCAUUGGGGACAGCA